GCGUUAUCAGACAUAACAUCGUUUUAAUUUUAAAAAAUUAUUCAAUUUUAGAACUUUCUGUAGAGGCUUAUUAUUAUUUUUGAAAUUUUCUACAUAAGUGAAUUGCAAAAAGUGCACAGCACUACUUGUGCAAUGCCGUCUCACAUGAAUUGCUGUUUUAACAAAUGUACCAAUUCUAGUAGAAGUACUCAAAAUCUCUCGUUUCACAAGUUCCCAACAAAUGAAAGUUUGUGUAAACAAUGGGUUGAAUUAUGCCAAAAUGACAAAGUCAUACAGAAAUUUAAAAACCACGGUUCUAGCCAGGUUUCUAAAAGCUUUAGAAUAUGUUCUGAACACUUUAAAAGAGAAGAUUACGUUUUGUGGACUACAAAAAAAAAAGUAUUGCAUAAAGGAUCAAUUCCAUUAGGACACAGUAUAAGUCCAAAAACAACACAUGCAACUAUUGCUACUUGGAGUGAAAUGAUUACUGAAGAUGGUGAAUCAGUUGCUAAUAAUGCAAGCUGGAGUCCACAAGCUACUCAAAGUUUUGAUAUAACUGGGCAAGUACCUGAACAGGGUAAGUAAAUGAGACUAGUUGCACUCUAGCUAGAGUAUUAAAAAUACUCUUCAAUUAAGAAGACCAGAUAAUAUUAAAUUACUUGUUUAAAAAUAAAUUAGUGACUCUUGGUGAAUGUUAAUCUACUAAGUUAUAAACAUUAUACUGUA